UUCCGUAUGCUCCUCUAUCCGGGGAGCAUACGACAUCUCUCUACGCACGAGAAGCUCCUGGUCGGUGCGGGCGGCGCGUUUCAGCCCAUCGUUCGACCUGUACAAUGCCGUAGGUCCGAGCCUAUGAGGGUCCAUCGAGAGCUAUCUACCUAUCGGACAUGACUAAAUACAGCCGCUCGAAAGCCUCAAGGGCAAACGGCAAUGCACAAGAAGAACAGCAUGGCCACGGUACUCAGCCCGCUUGUCACCCUUGCAGCUGUCCGACAUCAUGCACAAGACAGCUAUAUUUUAUUGUUCGUCGGAGUCCUACUGGAGAGCCGCGCACUGCCUGUCAGUAGUGCAGUAUUUGUUGGGGAAAACGAGAGGCAUUCAAGUUCUGGGUCGCUCCACCCAAUCGUCGAAGCAUCUAUAACGCACCACCAGGGAUUGUCACUAGCGCUACAGCAGGACCGGUUGUCUUCCCCGAACGCUUAUAAGGAGGUAAUACAUCUGGUUUUCAUUUCGCCCACUCCUUCCGGCAGUCUGCCAUUAGUGCUUCGUUGGGUUCAUGUCUUCAAACUAUCAGCCUGCGUAUGUCGAUGCGAGCAACAACGAGCUUCGUGUUGAUGAUGGAGCUGGGUAUGGUAUGCCGUUACCAUGGGGUCAGGGCGCGCACAGCCCGUAUUCAUGCCCUCAGCAA